UUUGCCUGAGGACUCGGACACCGCUAGUGCCGUUCUGUGUGCCUGUUGUGCUAACGGCUCACUUUUACCUCAGAGAGAAAAUAACGGAAAAGCGGGAAACAACGGGGAAGAACUUUAGAACCGGGUAUAACAGCUGUCGGCCGUUACCGGAGGACAGUGAAGUAACGGUAGCGGUACCGUUGGCGAGUUAAUUCCUCACAGAGAAAGAGUAACUAAAACCGCGGCUAGGCUAACUUUUCAAACUCUUUAUUUUCUCGCUAACGGAGUAAAGACCUCGCUGUAAUCGAUUUUACCGCGGCCUAAAUUGGAAGAAAAGCUUUAAUUUCUCUUUAACACGGGACCGGAGAUGAGGACAGGCGGUGGAAUCAAUCAGACCCGACCGUGAAUCCACCCAGCGGACCACCAAGACCCACCGUCUCCCCCCGCCCGAGAACAGCGCUCUGGACCCGGACACCCCGGGACCCUGCAGCUAAACUUCAACCGACCAUUUACAGACGUUUACUCAGAUUUUAACCCCUGUGGACCACCGCCGGGAGAGCUGUGACCAAAUAUGCUGGAGUGGUUAAGUGACAUCUUCUGGCAGGAGCGUCUCUGGUUUCCAGAGGGCCUAGGAUGGGCGGACUUAGAGGACCGGGAUGGGCGAGUCUAUGCCAAGGCACGAGAUUUGUGGGUGGUGCUGCCGGUGGCCCUGCUCUUCCUUGUAAUUCGUCAGAUCUUUGAAAGAACUGUUGCUACAUAUCUGGCAUCAUUGCUGGGAAUUAAAGAAUCAGUACGAAGAAAAGCAGCACACAACCCAACACUGGAGUCCUACUACAACCACACAAGCAAAUAUCCAACGCAGAGUUCAGUAGAGAAGCUUUGUAAGCAGACUGGCUGUUCAGAGAGGCAAUUGCAGCGGUGGUUCAGACGGCGGAGAAAUCAAGAUAGACCCAACCUUAUGAAAAAGUUCCGCGAAGCCAGUUGGAGGUUUUUGUUUUAUCUUCUUGCCUUCAUUUCUGGCGUGGUUGCUCUCAUUGAUAAGCCCUGGCUAUAUGACUUGGAGGAAAUGUGGAAGGGCUUCCCCACUCUGACACUCCUGCCCUCUCAGUACUGGUACUACAUGUUCGAGUUGAGUUUUUAUACAUCUCUUCUUUUCAGUGUGGCUACAGAUGUCAAGCGAAAAGACUUUAAAGAGCAGAUCAUCCACCAUGUUGCCACUAUUACAUUGAUCAGUUUCUCUUGGUGUAUGAACUACAUUCGUGCAGGAACUCUGAUCAUGUUUUUGCACGAUUCUUCUGACUACUUAUUGGAGUCGGCUAAGAUGUUUAAUUAUGCUGGCUGGAGAAAAACUUGUAACUACAUCUUCAUUGUGUUUGCUGCAUUCUUCAUCAUUACAAGACUCUUCAUUUUUCCCUUUAGAAUUAUGUACUGCACAUGGGUGUAUCCAGUGACGCUCUAUCCUCCCUUCUUUGGAUAUUACUUUUUUAACAGCCUGUUGCUGGUGCUACAGUGUCUUCACAUCUUCUGGGCUGUGCUCAUCAUACGCAUGGCACUACGCUUCCUUCCUAGAAAUGAGAUUGUGGAAGAUGAGAGAAGUGACAGAGAAGAGACAGAUGACUCUGAAGAGGAAGAAAAAGAAGAACAGGAGAGAAAUGGGGAGAUAAAAAAGAAUGGUCCAAUUCAGAACGGUUACGGAAAACACAACAACAACCACCACAAAGCAGAGUGAUCUUUUUCACGUGAAAGAGAAAGAGGUGGAAGAAUGAGUAAAAGCAGGAGAGAAACAAAACUGUUAAUGCACAUCUUCACAAGAGAGAGUGUGAAAGAAAGAGGGAGAAGAACUGCUUCCAAAUGUUGAUGAACCAUUUUAUUCUCUCUUUUCUUCACACUACAGAAUGAACAUUCAGGCAUCCCCUCACCACACACACACACAGGCUCAUAUCCAAACAUACUGUACUUACACACACACAAACACAUAAGCAGAAUAUUGCUGCCAAAAUCCCAAAGUUGCCUCUAAGAAAGGGCUACAGAGGAGAAUUUCUCAUAAAAUUCCUCUCUGUAGAAAUAUGUGCCUUAUUUGUCCUUUUUAUCUUUAUUCUCUUUUUCCACUUUAUUAAGUGUCAGAUCAAUGUUUCUUUAAGCUGUAUCCUUUUUCUUUUUUAUAUUUAAUAUAAGUAUCUCACUUCCAGAAGUUCAGCUCAUUUUAAGCCAGGAUCUUUUACUCCAUAUGUACAUACAAACAACUACAAACAGUAGGCUGGAAGCCAAAAGUCAAUGAUCAGAGUCAACCCGAAGCAACCAGAAGCAAGCAUCCUGGAUGGGAUGUAUAUUAGAGCACCCCCUGGCAGAUAACAUGUUACAGUGUCCUUAUGUGCCUAAUGAUUUUAUUCACCGAAAUCCUGUUGAAAGGUUUUUCUAGAAUUUUAUAAAUAAUUUCUAUUUCCAGCGUAAUCUCUCCAAAGUAUAUUUUAAUGCCAAACCCAACAAGACUUCACACGCCGUGCUUGAACUGUGAGAAAACCUUAAAUUCAACUCAAGUAAAAGGAUAACUUGCAGUUAAAAUCUCAUCAAAAUGUAAACAUUAAUUAUAUUACUUAUUACUAUUCUAGUCAUACUAAAAUGUUACUAAAGUUUCGUGACCUGCUUGGAACACUAUGAACAUUAUCUGCUGUCUCACAGACCGCAAUGGUUUGGACAAGAGUAAUAGCUAAAUGUAAUGUGUAAGCUUCUAUUGAGAACAUAGCAUGUUUAUUUGCAAGAUCAGACUAAUAAUAGCCUAAUAGACUACAGAGCAGCAGUAUCACACCAGCAGUUUUAGACCUGUUGCACUCAGCACAUGCACUGACACUUGUUUUGGUUAAUUUUUCAGUGCUUUCAUGUUGUUUUUUUAUAUAUAUUUGUAAUACCUUUUGAGUUUGCUGCUUUAAUUUUUUAACCUUUAUUCUAAAACUUUGCUUUGAACACAUAUAUACACAUUCACAGGACAAAUUUUACACUUACAUUAGCUAAUGUGGCCUAGGUACACCAAUAGGUUGCUGUAGACAUAUCAUUCAGUUACCUUUAAAUUAAACCUCAAUUUUGAAAGUUGGCUUUAAACAUUGCACAAGUUUAUAAAUAUUGUAUUUAUUGAAAUGAUAAUAAAAAUAUCCCUUCCUCAAAAGUAAUAUGCAUGGCCCAUAUGCAAGUGGUCAAUAAUCAGAUCCUUUCCCAAACCUAUGCUGUCUACACGGCACUAUUGUGUAUAUUGCAUAUAUUACCAUUGGCCAGAAACUGCUAAAGUAAAACAGCUGGUGUGAAACUGCAGCUCUGUGUCUCCGCCAUUAAACCUUUAUUGAUCAUACAUAGUCUCUUCAUCAUUCUUCCAGUCUGAAUAAUAAAUUACAUUUGGUUUUAAGUAAAACCAAAUAUUUUUAAACAAGUUCUAUUAAAUUAGUUCAAAUGUUUUUUGAAGUACACAUUUCAAAAUCAUUUUAAAUAAUUUAUGUUUUGGCACUGUACAUACAUUUUAGGAUAUUUUGAAUAAAGCAGUAAUACUUUGCAAAUAAAUCUAGACCUAUUGACAGGCCAGAAAAAGUCCCUUGAACUUUUAAGCUUUGAAUAUGAGUGUCACUCAAUUAAGUCUUUUUACAAUAUUAUCCAGGCUCAGGUGUUGUGUCUCAUAUCCCAGUAGAUUACUUGACGUUUUGGGCUGCUGAACGUCUCUGACUUGCCCUGUGCUAGAAGAACCAAACUUAACAUGAUGUCACUUUAUAAACAUGUUUGUGUUGUGAUUCCAAAAGACAAACACAAGAAAUUAAGUUUACAUUUUUUUGUUUCAUUUUGUUAUUUUUAUCUUAUGUUUUUAUUUCAUUCCACUUGUUCCGAACUAAGUAGUAAUGUCAGGAAAGCAUCAUGGAGGAUAAUUGUACAGUGAAAAUUAUGUUUUGUGAUUGUUUCUAGAUCAGAAAGAAGGCAGAACAUAGAAUGUGUUGACAUAAUCGUUCCUCUUUUUUUUCUCUCUUACGUGCCUGAUUUGAAUAGUGCAUACAGUAAAUCUGAGUUUAUCAGGAUUGAAAGAAGUCAGUGUUACUGUCUGUACACUUUACAUUACUGUAAAGUGUAAUGACUCAGGUUGAAGUAAGUAAUGAAAUGUCUUAUCUUUUGCAAUUUUGGCAGAUCUAGAGAAGUCUAGAGGUGUUCAUUCAGGCAAGGGAAAGAGGUACAGAUCAGCAGGAAAUGAUCACAGACUCAGUGGAGUAAACUUAAAAAACGUAAAACAUGUGUUGGCUUUGUAAGUAUUGAAUGUUGGUGCACAAAUUUGCCACCAUAGCACUGUCACAUAUGGGAUUUUGUCAUCCUCUCUUAAAACAAGUGCCUUUUCCACUUCUCCUCUCUUUAUGCUUCUUUCUUCUUUUUUUUUCUAUUCACGUACAGUUCUGCUCUUACAUGCCAUCACCUUGUUUUCCUGACCAAGCUCUUUACUGCCCUCCCUCAUAUGUGCAUUGUUCCAGAGAAACAGCCAAACCCUAAUUACAGUAUUAUUAUUUUUUUCUUUUUUUUUGGAUCAUGUUUUAUUUUAUGCAUAAAUGAUAUUAAUAGUGAUGGAAAUAAUAAAACAACAAAUGGGAAUCACAAAA